AUGGCGGUAAUUGAGAAGCUCUAUCGGAGGAUCGUUGAUAUGGGCUUAGUUCCCAAGAUUAUUGCCUCUCUACCUAGAAUAUCAAUGCUCUGUGCAUUGUUAGGCGUCGUAUGGUUGACGGUAUUCAUACCCAUGGAAGGUCAAUACCGUAGAACUUAUAUCUCUGAGAAUGCUUUAAUGCCUUCACAAGCUUAUAGUUACUUCAGGGAAAGUGAAUGGAACAUUUUAAGAGGUUAUAGAAAGGAAUUGGAAGCUAUCCAACAAUUGCCAGUACACGAACGUAAUUUACAAGUUAGUACAUGGAUGGAGAAUUACGGCGCUAAAACGGCUAUUUAUGAAGAUUCUGAAUAUGGAGAGACUCUAUAUGGUAUACUACAUUCUCCUAGAGGAGAUGGUACUGAAGCGAUGGUGUUGGCUGCUCCCUGGACUACCGUUGAUGGACUUUACAAUAAUGGUGGUGUUGGGCUAUCGAUUGCGCUUGCCCGGUUUUUCUCAAGGUGGCCAGUAUGGUCUAAGAAUAUAAUCAUUGUGCUUAGUGAAGACCCUGGUGCUUCUUUAAAAGCUUGGCUGCAGGCUUAUCAUGGUACACUUGAUUUUACGGGCGGUUCAAUCGAAUCCGCUAUUGUGUUAGACUACCCCGGCGAGAGUAAUUACUUCCAGUAUAUGGAAGUGAGCUACCAUGGUCUCAAUGGUGCUGUUCCUAAUUUAGAUCUUGUGAAUAUAGCAGUGCAUAUUAUUGAACAUGAGGGUAUGAAGGCGUCGUUGCAUGGAAUUCCAAUAGAAGAAAUGGGGGAUAAUACAUUCAAAUCGCGGUUGAAAGUGAUGUUACUGGGCAUCAGAGACAUGGCUUUAUCCGGUGUGAAGAAAACUACAGGCCAUGAAGUCUUUAGUGGGUGGAGAAUUCAGUCUAUUACAUUAAGAGCCCAUGGCAAUAACGGUCAAUUUGAUGUCACGACAUUUGGACGUGUACCAGAAGCUAUUUUUAGGUCUGUUAACAAUCUACUUGAGAAAUUUCAUCAAUCGUUCUUCUUUUACUUGAUGCUUGCUCCCAGAUACUUUGUUUCUAUUGGCAGUUACCUACCUUCUGCCAUUGCAUUUUCUGUGUCUUUCGCUAUUGCAUCCUUGGACUGUAUUCUCAACAACGAAUAUUCGUCAUUACCAAUGCUUUCAAUUUAUAAUAUAUGGGCGGUCCUAGCGUUUGCAAUUGCAUUGUUGAUUUCAUUCCUAACUUCACAAGCAUUUGCUAAACUGCCGUUGCCAGCUUUACUGCUCCUUUUCAAUUUAGGAUUAAGUACCGUCUCGAUGACUGUCAGAAGUUAUAAAAUUAAGAAGCCUUUUUCAUACCGGUUUAAGUCCUUUGCAUAUCUAUACUUUUCGCUUGUCCUUAACUCAUUGUUGGUGGUCAAUUUUGCGCUUGCAUUUGCUAUUGGGAUCCUUGCAUUUCCUAUGACAUUAGUCAAGACCACCAGCAACGGGGUUCUACGUGAAAGACUCCGGAAUUCGAUGUUAUUAUUGAUCUCUAACCCAUUCAUAGCGACAUGGAUAUAUGUGCACAUCUUUGAGUCUCAACUACAAGGUAUGUCUGUGUUCUAUAGUCUAGUUGAUGCCUGGCAUAAAUUAGGUUGUUGGACCUGGUAUGUGUUAUGCAUUGGGUGGUAUCCCGCCUGGAUAUUGGUGGCCUAUUCAAGCAUCGAUUCUACCCCAGUCGUUACUGAGAAUAAAAAGUCACUUUAG